AUGAGGCAAGGGCAUAUUCUACACUUACCUCUCGAUAAGGCUGUUCGUGUUGGAAUUGGCACCUACUCUCCUGUUGUUCGUUUUAGAUUUCCUAUCUAUCAAUUAUUUAAAAAUUUACAGGAAUCUAUCUCAGGUCACACCAAUGUUGGUGUCGAUUCACACACAUUUCCAUCUUGUUGGUUUCCCUUGGAACUAAAGAAAAGAACAGUCUUUCUCAACACACAAGUACUGCACGCUUCAACACCUGUUUCCUUUACAACCCAACUACUUAUCUACCAAUCAACCCAAUCACUGAUUCGUCGGUCGAAACUGAUUGAAUCGGUUCGCAUUCAUUUAGUUUCAUUUCUACUGGGAGAUCGAUUAGUCAGAGUGUCAAGUUGUAUUUUACCUUUCAACGUAUUUAAUCGUUGGCAUCCGAUUUCCAUAUCUAUCUAUCUAUCUAUCUAUCUAUCUAUCUAUCUAUCUAUCUAUCUAUCUAUCUAUCUCACUCUGUUCACUAUCUAUCUAUCUAUCUAUCUAUCUAUCUAUCUAUCUAUCUCACUCUGUUCACUAUCUAUCUAUCUAUCUAUCUAUCUAUCUAUCUAUCUAUCUCAGUCUGUUCUCUAUCUAUCUAUCUAUCUAUCUAUCUAUCUCAGUCUGUUCUCUAUCUAUCUAUCUAUCUAUCUAUCUCAGUCUGUUCUCUAUCUAUCUAUCUAUCUAUCUAUCUCAGUCUGUUCACUAUCUAUCUAUCUAUCUAUCUAUCUAUCUAUCUCAGUCUGUUCACUAUCUAUCUAUCUAUCUAUCUAUCUAUCUCAGUCUGUUCACUAUCUAUCUAUCUAUCUAUCUAUCUAUCUAUCUAUCUAUCUAUCUAUCUAA